GCGAGGAGCUAACUUUACACGUGCCAAACUGAAGCCAGCAGCAGACGGGACUUUAUGGGAUGGGGCCAGACGAAAUGUGUCCCAGUGUUUCCAGCAGCAGACACGGCUCUUGUGGUGGAGUUUAAUGCGGUGGAUGAGACGCACAGAGCGCCGGCCGUGAGCUCAUGUUGCCCGGGACAGAGUGCAGUCUCAGCGGGAGCGAGGAGCUGCUGUCUGCGCGGGCUUUGAGAAAAUGGGAGCAGUGAAGUGAAAAUCCACGAAAAAUGCAGCAAGUUUGGACCAAAGUCUCCAAAACAAUGAUGCUUCUUGCGUUGUGUCUCGCUGUGUCCACGCUGGCGUUGGUCCAGUCCAGCGCGGUUCAGAACUGUCACCCGGGCUGUCGCUGUGAGGUGGAGAGCUUUGGCCUGUUCGACAGCUUCAGCCUGACCAGUGUAGACUGCAGUGGGCUGAGCCGCGGGACCUCCAUGCCUAUUCCUAUCCCACUGGACACGGCGCACCUGGACCUGUCCUACAUCUCCAUCAUGGGACCCCUCACGGACACCAUGCUGUCCGGGCCGGGGUACACGACGCUGGUUAGUUUAGACCUCAGCAGCAACCAUAUUACAACAGUAAGCCCUAAUGCUUUGUCCAGGCUGCGCUAUCUGGAGUCCUUGGAUCUGAGCCAUAACAGUCUGGCAGCGCUGGCCCCAGAUUUCUUCUCUGGCCUUCCAUUAUCUGAGGUGGAUUUAAGCUACAACAACUUCGCAGAUUUCGACAUGAGCAUGUUUGCAACCAAAGUAAACGGAGAACCAGUUACUGUGGAUUUGUCGAAGAAUAAACUUACAACGAUAUCAACAGUACCGCAUGGAAAGACAUUGCACAUUCAGAGCUUGAACUUGACUGCCAAUUUUUUCACGAGCGUCCCAAUGUUGUCCGGGCUCCCACUGCGGUACCUUAACAUCGACGCAAACCCCAUCAAAAGCAUUAAAGAAGGAGCGUUUUCACAGUUACAAGAUUUGGUUUAUUUGUCGAUCAGUGGCAGCAGAGAACUCCAGGACAUCGAACCGUUUGCUUUCAAAGAUCUACAAAGUCUGCAAGUUCUGGAUCUUUCUAACAACCCAAAUCUUAAAAAGUUAGAUCCUAAAGUGUUCGCUGGACUAGACUCGCUACAAGAGCUGAAUUUAUCCAACUCUGGACUGGUGUCUUUGCCAAAUGAAAUGCUCGCUCACUUGCCCAGUAUAAAAAGUAUAAAACUGGGGCAGAAUAUUCUUUGUUGGAAGACUAAGAAGCCAGGGCAGUUUCACUUACACCUCGGGCAACUGCAGCCGACAGAGGUGUUGAACUGUAACGUGGAGGGAAUAAGUUUGUGAGGCUUUUGAAAACCGUGAACCCGAUGCAAUCAUUCUAAUACCAGUGGUGUGCCUUAUGAACCUUGUUAUGCAAACAUCUCUAAUCAAUAUCUCUAGUCAGUAUUUGUUGUUCAAAAUGACUGGAAAAUAUGUUGUAAGCUGUUACAGACUGACAAAUAAUGAUUUAAAUAUUAACUAAUCAGGACCAAACAAAGCCUUUUGCACUUACUUUGGUAGAAAAAAACAUUUCAGCACUUCUUCUGAACAUGACUGACACAAUAGAGGCCACUAUGCGCAUAACCACUACAGUUUUUUGUGUGUUAAUGCUAUUUGCAAUUGAAAUGUUAAAAUAUUCCUAUAAACUACUGGUUAAAAUAACUUGUAUUCCAUUGAUAAACUGACUGAUGCUUUGCCUUUUGACUUUUAUAUUGUGCAACUUCAGUCAGGAUCAAAUUAGUCAUCAAACAAGUGUUGCGUAAUCUGAUUCUGCUUGGAUACCAGAGCUGCCAUAUUUACAUAGUACAGUCUGGAUAAAUAGUGGUUAUGUGUGUACAACAUUCCUGUGGAUACUUUAUAGGCUCAGGACUGCAGGUGGUAUAAGGGAUUUUGAUAACUGAAUAUAACUUUUUGCAUUUGUAGAGGUUUAUAUUUGUAUCUUUGUAAAAAAAAUGCUUUAAUAAAUCUGAUAUUCUUAGACUCAGAGCCGCUGUUACUUAAAAUAAAGAAUAAAAAUGAAAGAAAACAACAAAAUAUCAUAAUACUUUGAACAAACUAAGAAUCUGAACAUAUAAAGCUGCAUCCACUGUACUUUUCUUAUAAUUACGCGUCUCAAAUUGUUUAAAAUUGGCAAUGUUAUGUGUCCAAGGGAUGUCAACACUUACUGGAAAUCACAGCGGUUGAGUAAAAACUGCAUCAUCAAGUUUAAAAGUCUGUAUUUUGGGGCAUUAUUUGGACGUGACCAUUUCCACCCCGUCUGCCUGGGUGUGGCCUUCUACUCUAAGAAAUAGUGGUUUGGUUUGACAACAUUUCUGUCCUUUUUUUAAAGCUCUCUUAACAUGUUUAGCUCAGUUUUACUUGAGAAGAAUACUCCCGAUUGUAGCUUUUACAUAGUUUAGGACAUUUGAGUGCAGAUACAUGCCUUGGUUUGGCAGACUAUAGCACGCUGGUGUCCUGCCAAAGAGGUGACUACAGCAGGGAGACGAGGAGAAACCGGACCAGAGACAGUUGGCUGAUUAUUUCCUGUGUUUUUGGCAGUGAGAAAAUGCCUGUCUUUCUCUUCCAAGAUGUGGCUGAAAAGUACAACAGAUUAUUUCAACUGGGCUAGCUUUUAUUUACUGUUAUGUAAACGUUUUAGCAUGGAAUAAUGUGAUAGAUUUGGUUCUAUUUUAUCAUAUAUACACCUUAAUGAAUUAGUGUUAAUGCAAAUAUUUUACUAAGAAUGAUUCAGGCUUAGUAGUAGUAGUAGUAUUCAAACUUUUCUCAUUAAGGGCCACACAAACACAGACAAAGCUGAGGGCCGAUUUGGGGCCAUAGACUGGUCGCAAAUACAGUGAAUACUUCCAAUCUGAGUUAUUAUUACCAGUUAGAUUGAACCACUAGACCUUUAUUCACGCUUACAUCCUCAGAGGGGCACAUUAAAUAUUUGAUAUGUGCUUGUUAAAGUAGAUUUUCAGAAAUGUACAGUAAAAAGUAUCAUUUUAAUAAUAUGGGAGUUUGAGGGCCGAGAAAAAUCGCUCUGAGGGCCGGAUUUUGCCCCUGGGCCACAGUUUGGAUAUGCCUGAUCUAGGGUCUACUAUCUAAUUUUGGGAUUGUCAAAGUUUUGUUUUCUUUCUUUGUUAGAUAUGCAGGUUUAGCAGUACAGUAAUGGAAAAAGAAGUACUUAUAUUUGUAAGUGUAAGUAUGUGUUAUGUGAAAUUUAUGACUUAGAUCAGGACAGGUCACUUUAAUUUUAAGCAUCGUCUAUUUCCUUCGUAGAUUUCCUCUAAAACACACACAGACAGUCCUCCUCACACGCGUCUCUGUGUCACCAGGGCCUUAAUGGUUGUGAAAGCCGUUGUUGGGGAAAACUCUGUGCCUCAUUUGUCAUCAGUUUGGGGGGGGGAGGCUGUCUCAGGAUGACCCCAUUGCGCUAAACACUUCCAGAUGCGUCGUCUCCUAAAGUCCAUGGAGACCGAGUCAAAACAUAACUAUAUGAGUGUGUAAGCUCUGUUUUACGUCAGCGGUGACACAGCAAAAAAAAUCACAAAAAGAUUAUCUGGUUAAAAGCAGAGGAGCGGUUGAUUUUGCAAUAUUUUACCCACAACAAACAGCAGGUAUUUGUUUAUCUUGUUAAUCAUUUCAAACUUUUCAGAACUUGUGUUACUAAGAAUCAGUUUAGGCUUUAGACUUAUUAUUUAUUAACUAAAUAUUUUGACAGC